CGCUGGGGGCUGGCGCGCGCACAGGUGGUGCCGCCGCCUCAGCUUCAGCCUCCGCCUCUGCCUCAGCCGCUCCCUCAGCCUCAGCCUCCGCCCGGUGUGUGAUCCCGGGUCUCGGCAGGGGGGAUGUCAGGCUGUCCGCCCCGGCAAGAGGAAGGGGAGAGCGCAAAGCAGCGCCAGAAGGAGGAGCUAAGCCGGAGGAUUAAAGAACAGAAGGUUGUAGUCGAUGAGCUUUCAAAUUUAAAGAAGAACCGGAAAGUUUAUAGGCAGCAACCCAACAGCAACAUAUUCUUCCUUGUUGACAGAACAGAAACACUGUCUCAAUGCAAAAAUACCUUAGAUGAGUUGAAGAAAGCCCAUCAGGAGAUGGAAAAUUCUGACAAGACUAAAGUCAAGAAAUAGUCAUCUGAAUUCAGAGUCACAAUGUGUGGUAUUUGUUGUGUUGUUACCUUGUGCAGCCAGCAUCCUAUUUAUGAUUUCUUCAACAAAGACAUACUCUGCCAUCUGCAGAGAAGAGGACCUGACAGUAGCCAACAGUUGGUAAAAACCGUGUCUGAUCUCUCUUAUGAAUGUCUGUUUUCUGGCCAUGUACUUCACUUGAGGGGACCGCUGACUCCUCAGCCUCUGGAAGAUGCCAAUAACAAUGUUUUUCUUUGGAAUGGAGAGAUUUUCAGUGGAGUGCAGGUAGCAGAUGUAGAGAAUGACACUGAAGUGAUGUUUCGACAUCUUGCAUUAUGCAGCAGUGAAGCAGACAUCUUGUCACUCUUCUCAUCGCUGCAGGGACCCUGGUCUUUUAUUUAUUAUCAAGCUUCUCAUCACAGUUUAUGGUUUGGUAGAGAUUAUUUUGGUCGUCGUAGUUUGCUUUGGCAAUUCAGUAAAGAGCCUGGCAGUGCUUUCUGUCUCUCAUCUGUAAGUGUUCAUUCUGAAUCAGGUCAUCAGUGGCAAGAAAUCCCAGCAGCUGGAGUUUUCAAAAUUGAUCUCAAAGCUUGUGCAACAACUAAAUCUUUGUCUUUAAGAUUGUUUCCAUGGAAGUACAGCUGCACAGAGAAAGCAGCAGAAGCAAUAUUUAGUCAUGUUCUGGACCAAGUUUCAAAAGACUUACCAAAAGACAUACCUCUUGUGAUAAAUGCAUCAGAACUAUGUCUCACAGCACCAGUUAUCCCCUUAAAUAAAACCAUUUCUGAAGCUUCAGGUGGAUGUCCAAGCACUAAUGUUACCAACACUAUCCAUAUGGUUUCUGUAGAAACUCUUCAAGGAUUUCUUGCAGAAGAACACAGGAAAAAACUGGUCCAUCAGUUUAUUGGUGUUUUAAGUGAAGCAGUGAAGAGACGAGUUUUAUCUCUCUUUAGAGAUGAAGAUGAGAAAAGAAGAGAAACACCCAGCAUGUCUGAGAGGAAAGCACACAUUGCCGUGCUCUUUUCUGGUGGCAUUGAUUCAAUGGUUAUUGCAGCCCUUGCUGAUAAACAUGUGCCUUUAGGGGAACCAAUUGAUCUUCUCAAUGUUGCUUUCAUGGUCAAAGAACAUGCUAAGCAAAAGGGUACCACUAAAAAAACUACCUGGGAAGCACAGCUUGGUUUGCCUUGUCCUCAGGAAAGUUGUAAAGAUCUUGAUGCUACAACUGGUGCUCAUUUGUCCUGCUUUGAUGUUCCUGAUAGAAUCACUGGUAGGGCAGGACUGAAAGAAUUAGAAGUCAUUAAUCCUUCAAGAACCUGGAACUUUGUGGAAAUUAAUGUUACACUAGAGGAACUGAAAAAAAAGAGACAACAAUGCAUCAGUCACUUAAUCUAUCCACUGGAUACAGUCUUGGAUGACAGCAUUGGCUGUGCAAUUUGGUUUGCUUCCAGAGGAGAGGGUUUAAUUAGUAACCAAGGAGAACUGAAACCAUAUAAAAGUCCUGCAAAGGUUGUGCUUACAGGAAUUGGAGCAGAUGAACAGCUUGCUGGGUAUUCUCGACACCGUGUUUGCUUCAAAACAUGUGGCUUAGAGGGUCUGAAUAAGGAGCUUGAAAUGGAGCUGGAUCGCAUUGCUUCCAGAAACCUGGGCAGAGAUGACAGGAUUAUUGGUGAUCACGGAAAAGAAGCCAGGUUUCCUUUUCUUGACGAAGAGGUGGUUUCAUUCCUCAAUUCUCUGCCCAUCUCAGAAAAAGCCGACCUGACUUUACCGCGAGGAGUCGGUGAGAAACUGAUCCUGCGCCUUGCAGCCCAGGAGCUGGGUCUCACAGCCUCAGCUGUUCUGCCAAAAAGAGCUGUUCAGUUUGGGUCUCGGAUUGCAAAAUUAGAGAGCACUAAUGAGAAAGCAUCUGACACAUGCAACAGAUUGAAGUUACUGGCAGUAGAUGAAUGAUAAAGCUACAUCUUGACAUGUUGCAUUUAUUCUGUAUGCAAAUUCAAUAAAUCUUUGAAGUUUUCUUAGAA